CUUGUUAGCUGGCGUAGCCCUGGUUUCACAAUCUGACAUUUGCUAUUUAAGUGAAAUAGACAAUAAUUUGUUUUGUUGAUAAAAAAAAAAAUGAGCACGCCUGCAAAAAGCACUGGCACCGGUCUGGAGGAUGUUAAUAUACCAGGCCAAGCGUUUCUACGUGAAGCGCUCACCUCAUGCACGGAUCCACUGAAAGCCAUCGAGAGCUUUCAACUCGAAAAUGGAGUUUUGCUGCCUUCUCUGCGUCCGAUGUUGCCUUUAUUGGAUUUGCAUGGUGUGCGACGUCUGGACUUCCAUACUUCGCUUAUGGAGGAGUUGCGUGACAAACUAAUCGCGCACAUUAACGAGCUGGGUCAGAAGGAUCCACGCGAGCGCGAAAAGAAACUAAAGGAUUUGCUGGUCAAGAGUUUUCCCGUGGUGCGUGUUAAACAUUUGCGUCCUGUUGUGAUGGCCAUACUUCGAAAUACCCAGCACAUUGAUGAUAAGUACUUGCGCGUUCUGAUGCGCGAUCGCGAGCUCUAUGCGGAUACAGACACAGAAGUCAAACGGCAAAUAUGGCGCGAUAACCAAUCCCUAUUUGGUGACGAGGUGUCUCCACUGCUAUCGCAAUAUAUUCGCGAAAAGGAGCACAUCCUCUUUGAUCACACCAAUCUGAAUAACUUGUUCUUCCAGCCCACACCGAAGGUGCGCCGCCAGGGGGAGGUAGUCCAGAAGCUGGCCAACAUGAUUGGCAAUAGCGUGAAGCUCUAUGAUAUGGUGCUCCAGUUUCUGCGGACUCUUUUCUUGCGCACACGCAAUGUACAUUAUUGCACGCUCCGGGCAGAGCUGUUGAUGGCACUGCACGAUCUGGAGGUGCAGGAGAUCAUCUCGAUUGAUCCGUGCCACAAGUUUACGUGGUGCCUGGACGCUUGCAUUCGGGAGAAGAAUGUGGAUAUUAAACGUUCGAGGGAACUUCAGGGAUUUCUGGAUAACAUCAAACGCGGACAGGAGCAGGUGCUUGGUGAUCUCUCCAUGACACUGUGUGAUCCGUAUGCCAUUAAUUUUCUGGCUACCUCGGCCAUCAAGAUUCUGAAUCACUUGAUCAACAACGAGGGCAUGCCGCGAGACAAUCAAAUUUUGAUAUUAUUGCUGCGCAUGUUGGCAUUAGGAUUGAGUGCCUGGUUCAUGAUCGAUACCCAGGACUUUAAGGAGCCGAAGCUCGAUAGCCAGGUGGUGACCAAGUUUCUACCUGCACUGAUGUCCCUCAUGGUGGACGAUCAGUGCCGAAGCCUACACGCCAAACUUCCUCCCGAUGAGCGUGAAUCCGCAUUGACAACCAUUGAACACUCUGGCCCGGCGCCGGACGCCGUAGAGGCCUAUAUCCAGGAGAGCUCGGUGGCCAGCAUUUUAGCCAUGUACUAUACGCUGCACACGGCUCGCGUCAAGGAUCGCGUCGGUCUGCUGCGAGUUCUAGCCAUAUUGUCGGCCUGCAAGGACUAUCGUGCCUAUGAGGAUCCCUUCCUCCACUCGCUGAUUGCUCUGCUCAUACCCAUGAGUGAGGAGUUCGCUACCGAAGACUUUUGCACCACACUCUUUGAUGAGUUCAUUUUCGCGGGUCUAACGCGCGAGAACGUCACCUCCAGGCACAUGAUGAAGCUGCUCUGGUACAUCUACAAUAAGUUGCCCGCUGGUCGCCUGGCGACACUGAUGAAGGCCAUGCAGCCAACGUCGGCACACAAUGAGCACAUCCACAAACUCUACGAGACGCUGCAGGAGCGUAUUGGCACGGCCGUGGCACCAGACACAGCCACGCCCACCGUACUUGAUCAGCCGCCCCCUGACUACGAUUCGCCUUUGAAGAGCGUGCCUACACCAGGACCACACUAUAGCACACAAUAAACUACGUAGAUAUAUAAUUAUUAUAUAUAUAGGCAUAGUUAUAAAGCUCCAAGCUAAUCUUGUCUAUAUACAUAUAUGCUAACUGAAUAGUAGGCUUAAACCAGUUUCAUAUUUGUUUACUUUAUAGAGUAUUCGAUUAGUUUUUUACAGUUUGUUCUUUAUUUAUAGAGAGCUAAUCUAAACGUAAUAUGUGUGUGUAUUAUGCAUAUUCCAUUUUUUUUUUCGGAUAUAUUGUCAUACUUUUAAAUCAAAUCUAUUGAUUAUUAUCACUGUUCUUUGGUCAGUGUUAUUAUUUAGUUAACUUUUACUUAUCAUUAAAAAUUAUACCAAUAUGUAUAUUUAAAUUUCGAUAAGACAACUUGCUAUUAUAUAUCAUAUAAGUAUCUUCAUUAAGUUUUGUAUAUCUUCUUUGAAAAAAAAAAAAAAACGUACACUGUCGAGCUUCUUAACUCCAAACUAAAGACUAAAUAUCCCUAAGAUUGACUAAAAAUAUUAUAUAGCUUCUGAAGAAUAGAAUACAAUAGAUAAAACAGUUUAAUUUUUCCUUUAAAUAAAUAUUUUGUUUGCAUUUA